AUCUCACUCCAAACACCUCGCCACCACCAUCAAGCUUCACACACCACCAUGCCAACACCACUCGACCGCGCAACAAGCGCACGUGCCCCGUUCUUCGCAUUCGCCGCAAUCGUCACCGGCGUAGCCGCAUGGAGUAUCUGGGGCAACGACAUCCUCCCAAGUGCAGAUCCAACCGGUGACCCAGAAUCGUGGACACACGCACAGUGCAUGACGUGGUUGAAUAACCGGAAUCUCCACCCUUCGGCUCUAGCUACACGAGAAGUCUUGGUGGAGAGGGUCAAAGAUAAUUUAAGGAAUCGCGGGAGUGGGGGUGCGCAAUAGGUAUGAGGGGGAAGAGGUGGGGUUCUGUGGUGGAGAGGGUGAGAGGGUGAGAGGGUGUGUUAAGUUUGUUGUCUAGGAUUUUAAGAGAUUCCAAGUUCUUUGUUGAGUGAGCGAGUGGGUUUGUGAUUUGUUUCGUGCUUUGGCAUUGAAUGGUAUGUUUUCUCUUUAUUCCUAGUGUUUUUUUCUUCUUCACUGUUAUAUGUGUAUAUGUGCGUGGGAAUCGAAGCUGUUCAAGUUUGAUGU